GCAAGCGCAGUCCUCGGAGACGCCGCUGGGCGGGAGGUUUGUUACCUCAGGCGGCCGAUGGCUUUAUCAGGAGCGCCGGCUGGUCGCGGGCCUAGGCUGAGGCUGACGCGGAAAAAGCCGCCCGCGCCCCCCUCCUCCUGCUCCGGGCCUGGCGGCGGGGGGCAGGAGGGCAGAACUUCCAACAGCCGCUCUUGGUUGGACCAAGAAGGGUUAAAUGAGGCUGAUGAAUUGUGGAGACUGCUGGUGUUGAGAAGUACGAACUCCAGUCUGCAUCAGGCCAGCCAGGAAAUGCCAGAUUUACCAGCAUUCUUUGACAAGAAUGCCAAGAAGGAUGAGAACUCACAGCAACCAGCCACCUUUAAAGUUGGGACAGAAGAGUUUCAGUGGAUACCUUUCCCACCUGCUUUCACAUUUGUUGGGGGUAGGUUAAAAAGCCCAGACUCUUCUUAUUUCACAAAGGAGAAGCCUGCUCAGGUACUUCAUGAACAAGAGCAGAGAGUGGGCCAGAGCAGCGAGCCUUCCUCCCAGGGGGCCUCUGCUGUGGGCUGUGAGAAUCCCGAACUGGGGCCCGGCAGUAGAGCCGGGGUGAAAAGGCCCUCGGAGCCAAGAGACAGCAGCAUGGGGGCUGCAAAGAGCAGACUUCCACAACCCCCACAGCUCUCCCAGCUCAAGAAAAAACAGAGACUUUGGGUGGGAGAGGGUACCUCCUCCCCAGCAUCUCCCCAGACCCUCACCAAGGGGAUGAGCCAGCAAGGGCACUCCUCGUUGAAAAAGCCCAGCAGCCAUUGCCCAGAAGGUGCAAGAGUGGAAAAAGAUGCCAUGUCUGCCGCCGUGAGCCAGGGGAUGGUGGCACUUGAUGGCUGUCCGAUGUGCCAGAUCCCAUUUACUGGAAAGCUCUCACAGUUGGAUAUUGAUAGUCAUCUUGCUAAAUGCUUGUCAGAGAGUAUUGAAGAUGUGAUAUGGUAAAUUUAGUAGGGAAAGCCCACAAGAAAUCCAUUUAUAAAGUAGGAAUGAUUAUAAAACAUGACCUCCCCUAGCCCCAGGCACCCCAGCCCUGUGUGUAAACGUACCUUGCCCUGCCUGGACUCUGGGUGCUCUGAAGAACCUUUCACAAGGCACGUUCCCCCAGUUAUCACUAGAGUGUCCUGGCUCAGAGGACUUCUUGACUGCCUUUUAGAAGUAGACAAUAAAAAUUUCUUUUGGAAUAC